AUGGAACAUCAAGUCCAGAGUCUAGUCCUAGUCGACAAUGAGUGGGUUUCGAGGCCUCACGACGUAUAUCACAUCAUGGCUGGCGCCCACCAACAAGACACUGACAUGCCGGAUGCCAUUGCCAAGCCCACGGCUGAGGUGCCUGAAUACGGCGUCCUUUCGCGAACCCUCUUCUCCACACCUCUGAUCAAGUUCGUUCUACCAGCAAACAUUCGUCAUAAAGACCACAACGAUGUCGUGCUGGUCGGUGAGGACUCCGUCCAGCUCAAGGAAAUCCGUGACUACGGCCAGCUCCGUCAUGUCGCCACCAAGACAGACUUCAAGGGCGCCCGUAUAGUAGCAGCCAAGGUAUUUGGUGAUCCUCGUGAAGUGCCUACCACCAGGGGCACAGGCAGUCCGCUUCCUAGACAGCAUGUCAGGCAUAGAACAAGACGAUCAAUGACGGGAGACGAGGCGAACCUGUUGCCUCCAGAGGUCAUUGUACUGACCCUCUCGUCCAGGAGUCUAAUGCUCCUCUGGGCGCGAACAGCGCAAACAGGCGCCGUGACGUUUACACAUAAAACCAUCAGACUUCCUGCUAGCCAUUCGCGCACCGACCGCAUGGGCACAUUCCUCGCCAUCGAUAUCAAGCGGCGAGCCAUGGCAGUUGCUGCGUAUGAUGGACGAUUUAUACUCUACAAGACCAAGUCCAUGGAAAGAUGGCGCAUGGACAGUCGUACAAAUAUCGAUGCUACACCCAUUGAGGAUGAACGAAUCAUCAACAUUGAUGGCAAUAUUAUGCAUAUGAGCUUCCUCUCUUCGGGAGGUGGAGUGGACGACCAUCAUGUCGUGCUUUUGUUCAUCGUCGCACAUCAAAACAAGACAAAGAUUACAUGCUUCGACUGGGAUUCUAGACAGGACCUUUCAAAGGCUGCUGUGCGUACGGAACGUGUCCUCUUGGACUUUGGUAUGGAAUGGACUGCUCACACCUGCGAAGGAGGCUAA